GCAGGCCGCUCCCCAGCGCCCGUCUCGCCUUGGUUUCGCGUAUUGAGCACCGGCGGCGGGGCAUUGCAUCGCGUGUAUAUCGCUUUUCAGCGUUACAGACUGCGGCAGCCCGGCAGGCAGCGGGAGGCGUACCGUCAGCCAGCAUGGCCAUCCCGCUGCAGCCCGCAGUGGAGCACAAGGCGGUGCGGAAGCAGAUCAAGGCGCUGAGGAAAGUGGCGUCCACGGGGCAGCUGGAUGCGCAAGGCGCCGCGGAGCUGAAGCAGCUCAAGAAGCGCGCCAAGGCGCUCAAGGCAGCAGCCAGCGGCGCCACCGUCGACGGCGGCAGCGGCAGCGACGGCGGCGAGGCUACGGCGGAGCAGGCGGCUGCGCCGCUGCCCGCGGGCAAGGCGGGCAAGGCGGGCAAGAAGAAGCGGAAGCAGGUCGCGGGCGAGGGCGAGGCGGGCGAGGCGGCGGCCACGCCGGCCAAGCCGUCUGAGCAGCCGCAGCAGCCGGCCGCAGCGCAGCAGCAGCAGCCCUCCAAGAAGAAGCAGAAGAAGGCAGCGGCUGGUGGUGCUGCUGCUGGCGCCAGCACUGGUGCCGGGGCGCCGCCUGCAGGCGUUAUGGCCGAGGUGGGGGACCGCAAGCUGGCAGCCAGCCGCCCCGCGCUGGUCAAGGCUCUGUACAGCGAGGCGGCUGACGUGGCGGCCAUGUCAGACGCUGACGUGGCGGCGUGGCGCAAGGAGCGCCAGACCGCGGUGGAGGGAGCCCCGCUGCGCCCCAUCACCAAGUUUUCGCAGUCGG